AUGCGCUUUAACGACAACCGUUGGACCAGAGCCGUGAGCGACUGGGUUCCCCGCGAUAUUAAACGCACUACAGGAAGACCGCCGACCCGAUGGUCAGAUUUCUUCACGAAGUCCUUCAAAGAAAAAUAUGAUGCUCUUCGUGUCCCACGCGAAAGGAGGAACCACUGGGCUACUCUGGCACGCGAUCGGGACGAAUGGAAGAAUUACUGGCGCCCGCUCGACCAGUUCGAAGAUCAACGGGAGUCAAGAGGACGUAAACUCUGGAUCGUAAUUGCUCACGCACCUACGGAAACCGCUGAGGACAAUAGUAAGGACGCCUUCUAUGAUGAACUCAAUGCGUUGAUGUCUAAAAUACCAAGCCAGCAGGUGGUCAUUGUUGGAAUCGACGCAAAUGCGAAGAUGGGACUCGAACAGCAAUCCGAUGUGCUAGGAAAAUGGUACUAUGCAGCGGAGCGCACGUCCGACAACGGUGACCGUGUGGUCGACUUGUGCGAACAGACGGGCCUCAUCAUCGCUUUCACGUUUAAGAGGAAUCAUCGGCGCCAUCAGCUCACGCGGCAGGGGUCAACCCUUUUAACGCCUGAAGAGCAGCGCAAGCCGAAAAUGAGAACACUUAAGCUUCAGCUCGACUAUGUUCUGGCGAGGAACAUUCCUCAGUCAGAUAUCCGAAAAUCUAGAGCUGUUUGGGACGUCGCGUUCGACUCUGACCACCGUCUGGUUCUUCUCAGGUUCACGAUACGGUUCCACAAGAGAAACCGAAGAGUUCCUCUUCAACCGAAAAUCGACAUGGCAGGUCUGAAAGACGAUGAAUGCAGAACAAAAUUCCGCCAACGUGUAUCUAUUCAUGUUGGAGUACGGACCAGGAAGAAGCUUAGCGACAGAUUCCUUCACAAAGUGCAUCAAGGACACUGCAAAGGAAACGCUCCCGGUUCUAUUGCCGCGGAAGAAGAAAAGCGUCUUAGAAGGAAGCUGCGUCGACAACUGCAACAAGACCGCGAUAACGAGUGGACGUCAAGAGCGAUGGAGUUUGAGAAGGCGUGGGAGGACAGGAACCCGCGGAAAGCCUAUGCUCUACUAAAACAGUAUAGCGGCAAAAUGAAAAGAUGUUCCCCUGUCCUCAACACUGCCAAUGGGGUAGCUGUCGGUGAAGCAACCCUUCCAAUUUGGAAGGAACACUUCAAGAUUUUGCUGAACCGGCUAGCACCGUGA